AUGGCAAGUGUCACGUAUGGCCCGGCACUUGCCGUGACCGCGAGGCCUCAGCAGCCCGUCAAGCGUGCUCCUGCUCCUCCCGUCUCCCCCGAGGUCAGGAAAGCCAUGACUCUUGCUCGUCAAGAGAAAGAGGCGAGGAUCCGCGAGCGGAUCGCGCAAUGGCACGAGCAAACUGCUGCGUUCGCCCGGCAGAUGGCUCAAGACUUCGGGAAGACGGAGGGGUACUUCCUCCACCUGCUUUUCUCUGGCUCCGUGAACACGAAGAACACUCGCAAGCCGAACGCUUACAACGCGUGGUCUAGUUCAGUAGCCAAGGCUGCGAACGAAGGAGCAGCUGCAGGCAAGUCGCAAUCUCUGCUCGACGUUCAGAGGGACCAUAAGGAAGCAUACAAAAAUCUUACGCCCGAAGCGAAGGCGGAGCUCGUCACGCUUUUAGAGGAGACCCGGGCGUCGCGGCAGUAUGGUGUUCGUCUCUCAGCUCGGGCCAAGCACAACGACAUCAUUCGCACGUCGGCGAAGUUGGAUGCGAUGCUGUUCGGUCUCAAGCUGCGUACGGGCGUCGAAGGAUUCACUUGUAUCUUCAAGGGCGACGUCGACAUUACCUUCGCCCCGCGCUGGUAUUUCACGAACUCGGACAUCAACACCUACCUUGGUCAGGCAGUGCGUAGAGGGUGGGACAUCCAGGCAAUCGGGGCACUGGCCGAGGCGUUUGCAGUUGCUGGGUGCGACUUUAUGAGGUUCCUUCGGACUUCUAAGGAUCGCGCAGACUAUAUGAAGUCAGAGAUCCGUGACCUCGUGCAAAGUCAACUCGUCGAGCUGACUGGCAAUGAGAAGAUCAAGAUGAACUAUCUUAACUUCGAACGCGACUUCAUUGUUAAGCAAGGAAUCGACGUCUUAGGCUGGACCCACGACAAGUUCAUCAACCCGUCCGACAUGAGCACAAGCCUCCCCCCUCUUCGUAAACUCGUUGACGCGCUCAAGAAUGGGUCUUGCAAGUUUGUUGAGGCCGGGGAUGUCGCACCUCGUAAAGAGUGUCAGGACAAGGGCAUCGCACGGGGAAAGCGCAGCCGUUCCGACGCGCGUGAUGAUGAGGAUGAUAGCCAGGAGACCGAGCAACCCGACGAGAACGUAGCGGAGGCCCCGGGCCCACCGCAGAAGCGUCGUCGGACGUCGAAGGCUGUGUCGAAGUCGAAGGCUGCGUCGAAGCCAAAGGCCGCGGCGAAGAACCAUCCCAAGAGUGCACCGUUCGUCGAGAACGACAAGUAG